CUCCAAAAGAAAAAAGAAUAAUAUAUGGAGCCUCCCACUUGCCUCUGCUUCUUUUUAAAUACUUGUCCGAAAGAAAAAAAAUCCUCAACCGGAGAAAAUUCCGACAAAAGUUUAGCAAAAGCAACGGUGAUUCUCCGGCGAUGAAGUAACUAUGGGUUUCUUCAGACGUCUUUUCGGGAGCAAGAAGCAGGAGAAAACAACACAUACGAAGAACAAGAGUAAAAAAUGGAGCUUCACCACCAGAUCCUCGAAUCCGACGUCGUCUUCUCAUCCAAGCAAGAGACGCACCGAUGAAGAAAUCCUGGACGCCGACAAGCAUGCGAUAGCCGUCGCAGCUGCCACCGCCGCGGUGGCUGAGGCGGCACUAGCGGCUGCUCACGCGGCGGCGGAGGUCGUGAGACUCACCGGAAGAGGAGGCGGUAGAACCUCGUCGGUAACUCAAGCUAAUCGGAAUAAUCGCCGGUUGGCUCAAGAGUAUGUUGCGGCGGGGAAGAUUCAAUCAGCUUUCCGUGGCUACUUGGCGAGGAGGGCGUUGAGAGCAUUGAAGGCGUUAGUGAAGCUCCAAGCGUUAGUGAAAGGACACAUAGUGAGGAAACAAACAGCCGAUAUGCUACGUCGGAUGCAAACCCUUGUCAGACUCCAAGCUCGAGCAAGAGCAUCUCGCUCUUCUCACGUUCCUCCCUCUCCACACUCUCUCCACGCACGAUGCGUUUCAGAGGCUGAAUACAGCAAAGUCAUUGCCAUGGACCACCACCGUUCUCUAUGGAACGCACCGCAGUACAGCGAAGACAAUGACAAGAUCCUAGAAGUCGACACUUGGAAGCCUCACUUCGCUUCCUACUACCACAAGGAGUCGUCGCCAAGUAAAAGAGGAUCUCUUCCCACAAGUCCACAAGUAAGGUCUAGACCAGGAAGCAGCAGUGGCGGCGGCUCGAGGAGAAGAACACCGUUCACGCCGACGAGAAGCGAGUACGAGUACUACUCUGGGUAUUACCCUAACUACAUGGCUAACACUGAGUCUUACAGAGCAAAAGUCCGGUCACAAAGUGCACCGAGACAGAGGCUUCACGAGUUGUCUUCAGAGAGUGGCGGCUACAAGAGGUCAGUUCAGGGACAGUAUUACUACUACACAGCUGCUGCAGAACGAUCGUUUGAUCAGCGUUCAUAUCUCGGCUCUGAUCCUAAUUUGUUUUUAGUAGUUGAAGGAAUGUGUAAAUCAGAUACCGACACACAAAGUACAGACAGUGAUCAAUCUCUGUUACGUAAUUUUCUUCUGACUAGAUCCUACGGUACAGAUCUUGUACCAACAGGCUAGGGGGGUCCACAUUUGUCUGGUUAAAGAAACUUCAAUAAUUUGUAGUGAUGUCAAGUCACAAGUUCGAGCAA